CGUCUCUUCUCCACCAAUAAUUCCGACGACCACAACCUAAACACCCCUUCUCAAACAAUCGAACCAGUAAACCCUAACCUCACCUCACCCAAAUCAGGAAAGGAGGAAAUACGAGAACCCCCUCCCCGGAAGAAUGUCGGAGACGCCGGAGAAAACCCCGAACCAGAGCUCGUCGUUGAUCUCGCCGACGAGCUCCCGUUCCGUGACGGAGACGAUAAACGGGGAUACUCUCUGGCCAAGGGCAUGGGCGUCGGCAAACACAUAGCCAGCGACGAUUUCACCGUCGGAGGGUACAAAUGGGCGAUCUACUUCUACCCCGACGGCAAGAACCCGGAGGACAAUUCCACCUACGUGUCGGUCUUCAUCGCGCUGGCGAGCGAGGGUACGGACGUCCGUGCGCUGUUCGAGUUGACUCUUGUUGACCAGAGCGGGAAGGAGAAGCAUAAGGUGCAUAGCCAUUUCGAUCGGUCGCUCGAGAGCGGGCCCUACACGCUUAAAUACCGUGGCAGGUUUCCUGUUCACAGUCUAAUGGCAGUUUCUUGUAAUGAAUGUAUAUCAACAAAGAUUUUAACUGCGAUGUUGUCGCCUACAUCUAGUACUUUUAAGUAUGUCUGGACAUUGAGUUACAAUGCUGAGGAGCCUCGCUGGGGAUACAAGCGUUUUUACAGGAGAGCGAUGCUCGAAACAUCAGAUUAUCUCAAAGAUGAUUGCUUGAAGAUCAACUGUACUGUUGGGGUUGUGGUUCCAGAUUCUAAUAUUGGGUCAGAUUUUGGUAUGCUUCUAGAAAAUAUGGAGGGUUCUGAUGUUAUUUUUAAUGUGUCUGGGGAGAGAUUCCAUGCCCACAAGUUGGUGUUGUCUGCCCGUUCCCCUAUAUUUCAAUCUGAAGUUUUUGAAGAAUCGGAUUACGGUAAACAAGAGAUUUUAGUAUCAGACAUGGAACCUAAAGUUUUUAAGGCAAUGCUGCAUUUUAUAUAUAGAGAUACCUUGGUUAAAGAUGAACUGAUGGCAUCUAGCUCUUCUUCGUCCCCUUUGGUAACUGACACAUUAACCGCAAAGUUGCUCGCAGCAGCUGAUCGCUAUGAUUUGGGAAGACUGAGACGGAUGUGUGAAUCUCAUCUUUGCAAGGAUAUAUCGGUAAAUUCUGUUGCACAUAUGCUUGCUUUGGCAGAUCGCUUUCGUGCUGCAGAAUUGAAAGCUAUUUGCCUUAGAUUUGCUGCAGAGAACCUGGCAGCUGUUAUGCGUUCGGAUGGUUUUGAGUAUCUGAAGGAGAAUUGCCCGGCCUUACAGUCGGAGCUUUUGAAGACAGUGGCAGGCUGUGAUGAAGACUGCAACAGUAGUGGCGGCAAGUUGAGAAGUGUGUGGGCUCAGCUAUCUGAUGGUGUUUCCUCAUAUGGCAAGACCAAUUCUUUUGCCAACGGGACAUUUUCCUCGGCCAAAUCAGUUGUUUUGGCCCAUAAAAAUGCCAACUUUACGGGGUAUAACUGCCUGCCCAGAAAAUCAAAAUAUAGCCUGAGGCAGUUGAGGAAAUUUGGAGCCAUUAAUGGUUAUGAAAGUUCCUCUGCUGAUGGGUCUGUGAGAUGGCUUCUUCAACCCAUGGGUGAUGGUGACUCGAGGCACAUAGGUUAUAAGGUCGAGAUACCCGAACUCUGUGAAAUUUUUUCCAAUGUUGUCACUGUUGGGCGUGAUUAUGAGAAAGCAGAUAUAGUUAUUCCAGUGCCGACAGUCUCUGCUUUACACGCCCGGAUUCAGAGGACAGAGGAGAAUCUGUUGAUUACGGAUUUGAACAGCACUAACGGUGAUACCAAUCUAGCAUUAUUCAAAGUAUAUAAGCUGGAGCAAGAGGAUCAACUUAGUUUUGAACUCGAGACAUCUGAACCUUAGCCAUCAAAAGAUAAAACAAAGAACCGUUUAAGGUUCACAAAAGUAUACAACUUCAUCGAACAUAGUUGUGGUUCGAGGUUUUGUUGUUGUUGCAUUAUAGGCUAUGUAUGUUGUCCUAGGACGAAAAAGUUUGUGUUGAGCUGUUAUUAUGGCGAGGUUACUGCUUCGGCUUUUUUUAGCAGAGCACGUCCUGGUUCUUUAGUAUAAAUCGAUUGCAAGAACUUUCAAGUGGCACACAUUUCUAUCAAUUUAUUAUUGUUAUUUUUGG